UUUUAACUUCGUUCCAUCCAUUUAUUCUCCUCCUCUCUCCCUCUCCCCUCGCAAUCUUCUUCUCCACUGUACUCUCUUCGAUCUUGUAGUUUUCUUUAUUGGGUUCUCUCUCUCUCUCUCUCUCUCUCUCUCUGGUGCUGCCAAACCCUUCGAGAGUUCGUGAGCUUUCAGCUGCCAUGGAAGACGAAAUCGUAGAACUGCCUCCGGGCUUCAGGUUCCACCCCACGGACGAAGAGAUCAUCACUCACUACCUCACCAAGAAAGUCCUCAACCCCAAUUUCAACUCCUGCGCCAUUGGUGAGGCUGAUCUGAACAAGUCCGAACCCUGGGAUUUGCCUAAGAAAGCGCAUAUGGGGGAGAAGGAGCGGUACUUCUUCAACCAGAAGGACCGGAAGUACCCGACGGGGAUGAGGACGAACCGGGCUACGGAGUCCGGCUACUGGAAGGCCACGGGCAAGGACAAGGAGAUUUUCCGAGGGAAGAGCAACCUGGUCGGGAUGAAGAAGACCCUCGUCUUCUACAAGGGAAGGGCUCCGAAGGGGGAGAAGACUAACUGGGUCAUGCACGAGUACCGCCUCGAGGGCAAAUUCUCUUACUACAAUCUCCCAAAGGUCUCAAAGGAUGAGUGGGUGGUGUCGAGGAUUUUCCACAAGAGCACUGGGAUCAAGAAGAACGAGAGCGGUCUGAUUCCGGGCCUGUUUCCGAUCGAUCCUUCCGGUGAUGACGAGCUGCCGAAUCCUUCUCCUUCUCCUUCGCUUCCUCCUCUCAUGGAUGACUCUUAUUUCGCGAGGCCAAUCUCAAGCUUCCCGAAAAGUGAGAAUGAUUUCCCAGGCAUGACAAGCGCGUCUGCACCAAGAUCGGCUGAAGGAAAUUACGGGGACGAAAUGAAUGGGUUCCACAGGUUCAACCCAAGCAAUACCAACUACCAAACAGACCCAAGUAGCUCGGCCUUCAGCUCCAUGUUCUCCGGGCAAUUGUCGUUCCCCAUCUCGCCGUAUGAUGGCAUAGAUAAUCCGGACUUCUUCUUGGGAUUCGGCUAUGGAGGCAGCGACAAUACUCAGGCGAUCAUCCGAGGGAUGGCGGCGAGCCAACACGAGACGCGGGGCCUGGAGCAGACGCUGAUCAAGGGAGAGCAGUUCGCGAUGUCGAACAACAAGUCCAUGGUCAGCCACUCGCAGGACACCGGGCUGAGCACUGACGCAAACGCCGAGACAUCCUCCUCCGCCAUCUCCAAGCAUGAAGCCGGGAACUUCUCCGACUUCCUCUGGGAAUAGCACGUAGCGCCACCAGCUGGCUUCAUCACCCGCAUAUACAUACGAUUCAAUUUCACAAAUAGAUCCAGCUGUCUUCUUUGUUUCGUAGGAAUCUAGUUAGGCCAUGAGUUGAUUGUUAUGUGUAGCUGUUGUUGUACAGAUUGAUGAUGAAUUUCUGAACAUUCUUCAGA